GACAUCACCGAGAGCGACCAACGGAACGGAUGCAUCGCUCUAUCUCUCAAGUCUGGGCUGUUCCUUAGACUGCUUCUCGCCCUCUCCCCAAUUCCAACACCAGCGGCAGACUUUUCUUCCUCAGUCUCAGCCGCCUGAUAUCUGCGCUGUAUCGCCUUCGUUAACAGCUUUACUGUCAAUCGCUGCAUAGUUUGAAUCUCCCGACUUCACUCUAUCAUCUCUUAUCUUCACGUUCAAACAAUACAGUGCAUUCGAUCCGAUAUUCGCGCUGCCAUUUCUCCAACAAAGCUCCGACCCACGCACCACGCCUACGCCCACUCAAAAUAGACAGCAGCUGAAAUCUACCCCAGCUCGCCCGCAGUUCGUUUCGUGCUUCACGUGGAAACCGUCCCCAGUCGCCACCAAAACACACCAGGAGUCGUCGACCCACGCCAAAGGUAGUCUGCCGUCUGCAGUCUGCUCGACGCCGACCUGCGGCACCCACCUGGUCCGGUCUCUCUAGUAGUAGUCGGCACAAGCGCUGCAAGAGACGGUGUGACAUAUCGCCUCCAACAUGUCUGGCAAUCCCUUCCAGCCCUUGGCGGCUCAUCUACAGACGCCGACGUCCCGGAGACAGUCCAAUACUCCCGGAUCGAGCUCGACAGCACCACCGCCGCCAGCGACACCCUCGAGCCACGCGAACGGGAAUGACCAGAACGGACAGCAGCAGCAGCAGCCCCGUCGGCGAAAGAACCAUCGCGGCGGCGCCAAGAAGAAACGCAAUCGGCGCAAGUCAUUCGCGGUCCUCGCUGAGGAGUCUCACGACGAAGCUCCUCCCACGGCACCCGAGAGAGACGAUUUUUACCGCCAGCGCACGAAUUUAAGCAACACGAGCAUUGACAGCCAGGAACUCCUGGAUCAUAGAGAUCAUCCACAGCCGCUCCGACCUCGCAGGCCUUCCAUAAUGAACAACUCGGCCCCCUUCCCCGCCACGACGACAACACCACAAACCGGCAGCAGACUUCGCAACGCAUACGUAGGAGACAGCGGCGACGAGGACGGCUCGUGGGACGAGGGUGCCCCUCUCUUGUCAAGGUCCAUUCAGCGCUCUUCCACCGCACCCAUGUUCCCCGGGUACGGUUCGAGCGAUCCUCGCCAACGAGUGAGCCGACGCGGAUCCAGCAGAUCCUCGAGGACGAAGCUUGCAACCCCGUUCCAAGACAACAACUAUAAUGUCAACUACCCACCAUCCAUGCCUGGGUCGCCCACCUUCCGACCUUCCGACCCCCUGAAUCUGAGCUUUGGGGAUGUCAUGAUUCACGAAGAUGAGAUUGAUAUCCGUACCUCGCCGCGUGGAAGCCCAAGAAACAGCAUCGGGUCACACUCCGACCGGGAUGUUCAUAAUCACUCUUCGCCCGAUCUAGCACGGAGGAACACCAUUGCCCUGACGGCUGAGGAGGAUGUUUGCUUCCCGAGCGGUAUUUCGGAAAUUGGUGACGAGGAAGGUCAUUCUCAAGACCCCACUGCCAAACAACGCCCGAGGCGUCGUCGCCGCCGCUGGCCCGAUCUUGGUAUUCUGGAAGAAUGGAGCCGCUUCGAAAAGGAGGGACGCAGCGACGAGAGACGCGCAAAGCGCAUUACCGAGCCUCAGCUCAUCAACGGCCGACUACGACCAAUUACCCGGGAGUGGUACCGUGCCGAGGAAGAUGCUCCUUAUCGGUUCACUUAUUUCAACGAGGAGUUCCAGAGCACCAUCCACAGUCAGACAAUCUCGGAACUUGUGCAGCCCGGCGGUAACUUCCAGGAGUUGUUCAUCCCAGAUCCGCGUAUUCUCUCCGACGAUGAGAGCACAGAUAGUGAAGACGAUGGUGGUCUGCCACCCCUGUCUACACAUCACUCCCACACUGGCCAAAACGGGGAGUCUAGAGCUCCCACAAGACAGCCAUCUCUCGCGAAUACUCAAUCCGAACAAGAGAGAAGAGAGGGCAUCAAGUCUCCUGACAAAACUUCAGGUGGUAGCUCCCGUGCCGGAUCCGUUCAUCGUACGCCUACCGGUAUUAGAUCGCCGGUCGUCGGCAACCAGACGACCCAGACGCCAGAGCUGCUCGUCAACGCACCGAGGUACGGCGAACGACCUGUGUGGUGGCUCGAUGUCCUUUCUCCAACGGAAGCAGAGAUGAAGGUGUUGUCCAAGGCCUUUGGUAUCCAUCCGCUUACAGCUGAGGAUAUCAUGGUUCAGGAGGCGCGAGAAAAGGUUGAACUAUUCCGCCACUACUACUUUGUCAACUACCGAUCGUUUGACCAGGAUCAGAACAGCGAGGACUACUUGGAACCAGUCAACAUGUAUGUCAUCGUCUUCCGCGAGGGUGUCAUCAGCUUCCAUUUCUCCAUGACACCGCAUCCCGCCAACGUCCGCCGACGUAUCCGCCAGCUGAAGGACUACCUUAUCGUCAACUCUGAUUGGAUUUCCUACGCAAUCAUUGACGACAUUACCGAUGUGUUUGUGCCAUUGAUUCAAAACAUCGAAGACGAAGUCGACGACAUUGAUGACGAAAUCUUGAGGCUGCAUUCUUCUACUGGCAACUCCAAGAGCGACGUUUUUGACGAGAAGGCUAGCAAUACAGGAACAAAUGUGGGAUCUGAAGGCGAUAUGCUUCGCCGGGUGGGCGACUGCCGUAAACGAGUGAUGAGCUUGUACCGUCUGCUCGGCAACAAGGCAGAUGUCAUCAAGGGAUUUGCGAAGCGCUGCAACGAACGCUGGGAUGUCGCACCCAAGUCUGAUAUUGGACUGUACCUGGGCGAUAUUCAGGAUCAUAUUGUGACCAUGACGUCUAACCUCAGUCACUAUGAAAAAAUCCUUGCGCGAUCUCACGGCAACUACCUGGCUCAAAUUAACAUUCGCAUGAACGAGAGACAGGAGCAAACGGCCGACGUUCUCGGCAAGCUGACCGUUCUGGGUACCAUUGUUCUGCCCAUGAACAUUAUCACUGGUUUGUGGGGCAUGAACGUGUGGGUUCCCGGCCAGGAGUACGAAGGGGACCUGAAAUGGUUCUGGGCGAUUACCGCAGGUCUUUUGGCAUUCGGCAUGGGUUGUUACCUGAUUGCCAAGCGGGUUUACAACAUUGUCUAAGGGGAAGGGAAGAAAAGCGAAAUGAAGGAAUUAUCCCUAGCAGGGAUAUGUUGGGCAGUUCUCACUGGCGUUUGACGGGUGUUCUUCUUUUCUUGUUGAACUGAAAAAGCAUACGUUCCAAACUCGUCUGUUGGUCUAGAUUGAUCGGUGCAUUCACGGAUGGUAAACGGGACAAUGUGUAAUGUACACCGGUCGUUUUGAUAAUGUCAAAUCCUGUUUUUGUUUUAGAGGCAUACAUAUCUAUUUGGUUAUGGGGAAAUGAGGGUGACUUGAUUGAUAUGGAUGGAAGCUUGUAUAGCCGAGCCUGAAGCCAGCUGAUGCCAGAAACACAGGACUGACUGGCAUCUCUGGAUUAGGAGGCUUGGUUUGGGUCUAAUGCUUGCGUGCAGACCCCAGACAAACUCACAGUGUAUCUUCCCCGCGUAGAGCAGCAGUGAUUGAAGCUGGCGUUUAUCAGAGAUGUGCCUAUGAGGCUUGUACAAUGCUACCUAUGUGAAAAAGACAGGUCACAGCGAUAAGG